UUAUAAGAAUUUUGUUGUGUUACAGAAAAAAAGAUCUUGAAGUCAAAGUGAGAAUUCUGUCAGUAGUUGGAGAAUGGAUAAGGUCGCUGUUUGGUCCAUUUUUCUCCGUGUGUUGCUCCUAACGGCACAUAUCCUUGCAGAAAAGUCUACUGCAGAAUGCUUCAACCAAUCAGGGGAAGUCGUCUACGACCCUAAGACGAAAACAUGUAUAUGCGACCGUAGCAAAGGCUUCAUUGAACGGGGCCUUGCAGAGCAGUGUAUACACUUGGGCUUUUCCUGUGCUCCUGGAAGGGAGCUAAAUAAAAAAGAAACCGACUGUGUUCCCUGUAAACAUGGGUGGUACAAGUCUGUUGAUGGCCUUGACUGGUGUAUUGAAUGGACAGUUUGCAAAGAAUCGGAAUGGACAAUGUUUUCUGGAAAUGCAACUGCAGAUAGGACCUGCACAGCUACGAAACCUGAAGUUCUCGAAAAUACAUCUCCUAACUACCAUAUUAUGACGUCAUCUUCAACAAGUGUGAAACCACAAAAGGUCACUCCUGUUCAAACUAGUCCGGUCGAUAUAGAACCGAUGAAGGAGUCAAAACGUUCUGGUGGCGGGAUCACGUCUGAUUUGUUAUACAUCUUUUUCGGAGUUUGUGGAGCGAUCUUUUGGUUGGCAGUGGUCUGUUCUGAACUUAUAAAGAAAAUAGCUUGUCUGAACAGAAACGACAGUAGCGAAGAGUACAGGAAUGUAGAAGAAGGCCGCACUGAAACUGAACAAGAAAAAUUGGUGGAUAAAACGCCGAUACAGAUAGAUGUCCGUUAUGUCGAGGAAGACGAACCGUCAGCAGGCCAGGAAGUCGUCCGUGUCUGUCAACCUCAGGACGACGAACCGUCAGCAGCCCAGCGACUCCUAUCUGGGCAGAAUUCUCAGGAAAGAGAUUCACACGAGACCGGCCGUAAAACCGUAACAAGCGAGCGUAAUUCAGGGUGGUCGAACUUGGGUUGGUCCACAUUGUUAAGUACUAAACAAAGUACCAAGUAAUGAAUGGCGCGAGAAAGUCGUCCAUGGAAUUCCACGAUGUUGGCCACGAGACACAGCUACUAUCUAUGGAAAUAUGUUGUGUUUUAUCUCUCUGCAGCUGUAUCCGUAGGCAUUUUAUGUAUAUAGUCUUUAUUUUAUGCUUUGAUAUUCAACCUUUUAUCAUUUACAGUGGUAAAUUGUGUGGAAUGGCAUUGUUGUGAACUGUAACUGUAGCCAAAAUGUGUUGCAUAUAUAUGUAGUAAGUAGUUUUACUUUCUUAUUUAACUUUCCUUUUUUUAUGUAUAUACAGUGAUAAAUUGUGUGGCAUUUCAUUAUUGGUGACUUGUCCGAAUUCACAUAUCAUGCGAUGGAUUAUUCAGUUAACAUAUUCGACAUCAUGAUGUUUACCAAGGAAUUAUCCGACCAUCUCCUAUAGUCAAUUUUGUAUUAGUGUAUCGCCGUUAGGAUUUUUAUACUCUAUCGUUGAGACGUUACAAUAUGGUAAAGUGUUGUUGCAGUCUCACUACGUAUAUUGCAUCAUGAACGCAAUGCAAUAGAAAAUUCCCUGUUUUGAAAGAACGUGAAUGAGGUGCAGUUAAAAAGGCAAUUAGAUACAGUAUAAACGAGUCCUAAAAGAUAUCUUCAUUCGUCAUUUCUGUCAAAAUGUGUGCAUAUAUAUGUUAUUACAUUUUUACCAGUGAAAUAUCAAAAAUUAUUCAUUCUUUAAAAGUGAUAUUUUUCACUA